AAUCAAACUAUAGGAAACUGACAAAGUGGCUAAGACAUGAAUCAUAGUUUAAUUCAUUCAGUAAAUUUACAGUGCGCUGUAAUCUAGUCUUUAUGGUUUUUACGUCACUACUACUGACCGGAAGUGCUGAGCGAUGUCAAACCCGAGUGAAUGAUUGUUAUUCCCACGAUGUUUUGAAGACGUGUCUUUACAUUUCUCAAUUCAGUACCAUUUUCACCCAGCUCCAAAAUCCUUGAACGCUCAGUGAAACGUGCUGAAGGACGCUCAAACCUUCACCAUGUCCAGUCGCAUCGCUUUCCAGACUCAGCUCGCUUCCAUCAUGGAGGUGCUGGCGAACGCAGCGGUGGCUGAGAUAUGUAAACUCGUAGACGACGACUACGCGGUCAUAAACUUACAGAUGACUCAAUGUCAGCGUGAAAACAAAGCGCUGAAGAGGAAACUUCACAUACUGGAACUUAAGAUGGCCCGAGGGUUCGCAGAGAGGAGGAUUUAUUCACUGAACCGCAACAACAGGGUUCAAGUGAGCGCCGCUUUGUCAGACAAAUACAGGAACCAAACUAACGACGUCCUGUAUGGAGCUCAGUUUAACUCGGGACUGUGGAGAGGUGGAGGGACAGAUUCAGCUGCUCACCCAGCUGUCAAUGAAAGUAACAGUUUGACAGGAGAUGCAGUAUUAUCAGAAGCAGACACAGUGCUGAUCAAGGAUGAGAUGUUUGAGGAGGACCAAACGCAGACACUGUUCAUCAGAGAUGGUGGAGUGAAAGAGACACCAUCACAGACUGGAGAGGCAGGUUUUGGUGAUGUUCAGAUGGUGAAAGAUGAUGAUCAGCUGUCUGGGAUGCAGCAGCCGUCUUUGGAGCAGCAAAGACAGGUGGAAGUCGGAGAAGCAGAAACAAUAGUGAUAAAGGAGGAUCUGAACGACCAGUGGGAAAGAAGCCAGGCACAAGCUGUAAUUGUGCAAGAUGUGGAGUCAAAUACAGAAUUUUGUAGCAGAAGACUUUCUACCUCACCAGCCACAAGCACAGAUGCACCUGGUACAGAGAAGCCCAUAGAAGUGGAAUUGUCCCAUUCGAGUGAAAACGGACAGGAUAGGAGCCAGAGAACCAACAUUUCUCCAUCCACCGGACUGCAUGUACAGGGUACUGUUGAGUCCAGUCCAAGUAGGCCUCAACAGCACCAGUACCACAGGUUUGCUGUUCGACCUAGCAGGGGUCUAACAACAGGAGAAACCGCAGCUCUCACAGGCUCAGGACACUUACACAAGGGAACGGUGAAAAGCAGAACUCCACCCACGAACCAGGACUGCUUGUUGUAUGACAGACCCGCAGAACCUAAAACCAGCUUCAUGCACUGGCCCACACAUCUAUCCUGCUCAUAUACAGAUUCAGACCAGGAUCAAGACUGUAUGCUGGUUCAGUCAGAGACUGUAUCUUCUAUUAGAAGCACCAAAGGUGGACAGGAUGGAGCAUCAUCUACUCGAACACAUGCUGUAAGAAAUGCAGGAGCAGCAGAGGGGCCUAUAAGAGAAGAGGAAAGCUGGACUCAAGCUGCCCUUUUGAGGCAAAGCCAAACUGAAGCCUCAGGUCAAAUCAGUAGACCCGAAGUGAUUCAGACGGAGACUGCAAGUAGAAGAAACCCUUCAUAUUUCACUGUGAUUCCCCAAAUGGUGUCUAACUUACCUCAGGCUUCUCAUACCAGGCUGCAACUCCCAAAUCACACGGAGAAAGGUAGACGGAAAAGCUACGUUUGUAAGUAUUGUGGAAAGGCGUUCCCUGGGUUGUCCAACGUUGUGGCCCACCAGCGAGUGCAUACAGGAGAGAGGCCCUUCAGGUGUGAUACGUGUGGGAAGCUUUUCACAGAGGCAGGCAACCUCAAGAAACACCAAAGAGUUCACACAGGAGAGAAACCCUUCAUCUGUCCCCGCUGUGGGAAACGAUUCGCCUGGAUCUGUAACCUCAAGACCCAUCAGCAGUCGGCCUCCUGUGUAGGAGUCUGA